AUGCUCAAUUAUGACCAGGUGUUCAUUAGGGACUUCGUGCCGUCGGCCAUCGCGUUCCUCCUCAAGGGCGAGAGCGAUAUUGUGAAGAACUUCCUGCUCCACACGUUGCAGCUCCAGAGUUGGGAGAAGACCGUGGAUUGCUAUAGUCCUGGUCAAGGGUUGAUGCCUGCUAGUUUCAAAGUUAGAUCUGUGCCUUUAGAUGGAAUUAGUGAAGCAUUUGAGGAGGUCCUUGACCCAGAUUUUGGAGAGUCAGCCAUUGGACGUGUAGCACCUGUUGACUCUGGUCUUUGGUGGAUAAUCCUGUUAAGGGCAUAUGGAAAAAUUACUGGAGACUACGCUCUACAAGAAAGGGUUGAUGUGCAGACAGGCAUCAGGCUAAUACUGAAUUUGUGCUUGUCUGAUGGAUUUGACAUGUUUCCUACAUUGCUUGUAACUGAUGGAUCAUGUAUGAUUGAUCGGCGGAUGGGAAUACAUGGUCAUCCUCUUGAGAUCCAGGCUCUGUUCUAUUCUGCUUUACGCUGUGCCCGAGAAAUGAUUGGUGUAACCGAUGGAUCCAAGAACUUGAUCUGUGCUAUUAACAACAGGCUCAGUGCGCUGUCAUUUCACAUCAGAGAGUAUUAUUGGGUUGAUAUUAAGAAGAUAAAUGAGAUUUAUCGCUAUAAGACUGAGGAGUACUCCCAUGAUGCUAUUAACAAAUUCAACAUCUACCCAGAGCAAAUUCCGUCUUGGCUUGCAGACUGGAUUCCUGUGAAAGGCGGUUACCUUAUAGGCAAUCUGCAGCCAGCUCACAUGGAUUUCAGGUUUUUCUCCCUAGGGAAUCUGUGGGCGAUUGUCUCAUCUCUUGCUACUCAAAGGCAAUCAGAGGGUAUUCUGAACCUUAUUGAAGCCAAAUGGGAUGACAUAGUAGCCAACAUGCCUCUCAAAAUAUGCUACCCUGCACUAGAGUAUGAGGAAUGGCGUAUCAUCACCGGCAGUGAUCCCAAAAACACGUGA